GACCUGAAAAACGCUGUUUUCUAGUUGUUGUUUUUUAAAACCAUGUUUGAUUCCAGAGAUAGGUCAUGUAGUUCUCGAAAACGUUUAAAGAAUAAUUAUCAGGAUAGACUCUUUGCGAAUACAUUACAAUAUGAUAUAUACACAUCUCGACGACAAAUUAUUAAUUUCUAGCUUUGACUACCUGCUAACAUUAAGCAGAGAUUUCUGUCAUCGGGAGACAGUGUAAACUGUUUCUUAGACGGAUAGGGUUUUUACAAAGAGUGUUUUUAGGCGAAAACCCUUAUAUUAUGAGGGGGCCUAAAUAUUAUAUAUAUUUGGUAUCGAUAUAUAAUAAAGCCUAAUCUUUCUAAGUACAGAUACAGCGGAAGCGGAAAGGAAAUAGCUUCGGUGUCUGUUGUUUGUCACUACUGCAGCUACUGCUAGACUCUAGAUCUAGGAUACUUUCUUCACUAAACGAAAAUGGUGACUCCGAAGGAAAGACUCGUUUUCUUCGGGGCUGUUGCGAAUAUUGUCAGCUCCAUUGUUAUUGUUCUUCUCAACAAAUGGAUAUACACUCAUUAUAACUUCCCAAACAUAACGCUUACGUGCAUUCAUUUUAUUGUCACAUCCUUAGGAUUGGUUGUAUGUCGCCAAGCGAAUAUUUUUCAACCGAAGAGUCUCCCGUUGAUGUCAAUGCUUCCCCUCGCACUAUCUUUUUGUGGGUUUGUGGUCUUUACAAAUUUAUCUCUGGAAUCAAAUACAGUUGGCACAUAUCAGCUUAUAAAAACCAUGACAACCCCAUGUAUUAUUCUUAUCCAGACAAAUUUUUAUGGACGGAAUUUCUCAAGGAAUGUUAAACUUACUUUGUUGCCGAUUACUCUUGGUGUGUUCCUGAAUUCCUGUUAUGAUGUGAAGUUCAAUGUCGUUGGAAUUGUUUUUGCAACUGUUGGAGUUUUGGUCACAUCGUUGUACCAAGUGUGGGUUGGCGAGAAGCAGCACGAGUUACAAGUGAACUCCAUGCAGUUGCUGUACUACCAGGCGCCACUCUCUGCCUUCCUGCUGCUGUUUGUCAUCCCGUUUUUCGAGCCCCUGGAUGCUUUCCAAGGGGUCCUCUUCAGCUGGCCGUUGCAGGCACUGUUUGCCGUCCUGAUGUCUGCCUGUGUGGCCUUCAGCGUCAAUUUGUCCAUCUUUUGGAUCAUUGGAAAUACUUCACCUGUAACAUACAAUAUGAUUGGUCAUCUCAAGUUCUGCAUGACUUUAUUUGGCGGAUACCUCUUGUUUCAUGAUCCUAUUCAAGUCUUACAGCUGCUGGGUAUUCUCACCACAGUUGCAGGUGUUGUUGCCUACACUCAUAUAAAACGGUCGGAGAUGCGACAGGGUAGUUCUUUGCCAACCACAAACAACAAUUUCUCCAAGACAUGAGGUGUCCUGUGAUGUUACGCUGUCUUGUAUGCUGUUGCACAAGUACCUCUUCAGGGACACGUUGCAUCUUUGGAGUUUGAGAGGUUUAUACUUAACAGAUUAAAAAAACAACUCUGGUCAAUGAUGGAACAGGUUUUAUUUCUGGUAAUUUAAUUUUCUUUUUGGUAAUGAAAUAAGUUUUACAGAGGAAACAAAAAUGGGGAUGGGUUGUCUCUGGUUUUGUUAUGAAUUCAGUAUAUUUUGAUUUAGGAGAAAGUAAGUGUAGAAAAUUUAUGUGAUGAAAUUAAUGAAGACAGAUACUGUAUGGACUGAGUUUUAAUUGAAUGAUAAUGCCAUGCCAAAAGAUCAUUGUUUUAUGUGUAACUUUGCAAGGCUUUAUGCCACACUUGCAACCGUCUACUCAACUUUUUUCCAACAUUUUUAAAACACUAAUCUCUUAUCUAUACUCACAAACUUGCCUUCUGGGUCAAAGGACUUAUUUUCUCAUCCAAGCAAGUCAUCUAAAAUGUUCUCUUGCAAAGGAUUUUGUUUUGUGUUAAUGUGAUUCCACUAUAUUCAGGGACACAGCCAUGAACAUUUCUUUUACCAUGUGAAUCCAUCUCUCUCUCACUGCUGUAAGUUCACAUUAAUUAGUGAGCCCACUGAUCCAGCUAGUUGCGUCUGUGUGACUGAAUGAGAAUAUAAGAUCAGAAUUGCAGCUCUGCUUCAGUCAGAAGAAAAUCAGCACAUGAAUAAAUUUUGCCGUCUAAUGUAUUUUUUAUUUUUUACUGAUUUUGAUGUCACAAAACUGCCUUGUUCAAACUCGAGCCAUUCGCUGUCUUCUUGAUGGUCACUGGGACACUUCGUUUUCUUUCCAAGGAGUAACUGAAUAUGUUAGGAAGUCCACAGACGUGAAUGAAAACAAAAAGCAAACUGCUCCCAUCACUUCUUGUUUGUCUGAUGCUCUCUAAAUUUGUGCUUUAGAACAGGUUGGUUCUUGUGCACACUGCCAAGGAGUUACUUUCAACAUUUUGUCAUCUGGCAAUCUUGCUGAUGCCUUCUCAUGAAUUUCGCAAAAUGAUUUGACUGUUAGGCAAGUGGACGCACAGUAUUAAGUUCUGCCAUAUAGUCCUAGUGCCUUGAAGCAGUAGAAGGGCUCAGUUGUUACAUUGUUGUGAUUGAACAUUUUUUUUCUCUAUUUUGCUUCUUAUUUCCUGUUUUGUAUAUGUUGGCAACAGUCGACCCAGAUAAGAAACAAAGUGGUACGUUGUACUGUACAGAAAUCGAGCGUGCAGGGGAAAGUGAGACCAGUAUAAUUUUCUUUUUGUUGUUGAUUAUAAUAUUUUUUCUCAUACAAGCACAAAUGUUUUGUUAUGUAUUUUAAGACAUGUCAGGUAAUAAAGGUUUAAGAUGACUGACUUUUCUAUUUUAAACUUGGAUUCUGAAAACUUUUUUUUAAAACUGUAAUUUUUGUGUUAUUUUUUUGAAUCGUUCCCUCCAAUGACAACUGAUGAUGUGACAGCCUCUAUUUGGAAACCUGUGCCAAACUGUUUAGCCUUGAUGAGUACUUUGCUCCCGAGCCUUGUUAUCACAUUUGGAUGACUACAGUUGUCAAGUGAUUUUAAUUAUUUGUAUGUAGGCCUGGGAAAGACAGUUGAGCUUUCAGUUUUUGACAUUUCAAAAUGAUGAAACAAUCCAAUUGCCACUUCACAUCCUUGCACGCCAGCCACUCAAAAAAUGUUUCAAACAUCUCAUUAUUUGAAGGCAUUAUUUUUAUUAUCAUUAUCAUAACAAUUUUCAGAAAGUUAAAAGGAUGACAGAAAUGAAGCUAGAGCAGAUUAACAUUUUGAUAAACAGUCGUUAUUUUAUGGUUUUCAGGCAUCUUGUUUGCAGACCACAAUACAUUUUUCUCUGUAUAUGCAUUUUUUUUCCCCAUUGUAAAUCAUGUGAUGUUUCUAAUCUCAGGGUAAGGGGUCCUCGUAUCACAGCAAUAUUCUGACAUAUGACAUUGAACAAUUGCCAUCUGCGCCAUGACCAAAGUUUUAUUUGUUUGUUUUCACCGCAUGUGGAUUCCUAUAAUGAGUUUGAUAAUUUUGUUUAAUCUGCUGCCAAGUGCCAUUUAAAAAAAACGUUGUUUGCUCUGAAUUUUUUUUCGGUUUCAUCCUCGAGAAUUCCAUGGAUGUACGAUGGUUUAUUUGUUGUAAGUUGUAUGAGCGGAUGGUAUUGUGUACAACUUGAUUUCUCCAGUAUUUUGCUUUCAUAUUUAGUCUCCGGUGGUAUGCCCAUCCCAGUUCAUUUACCUGUGAGGAGAAUUCAACAUUCCAAAUUCUGUUCCAUAGAUUUAAUUACUUCUUUUUUAAAUUUAAUUAGAAUUGAGUGAGAGGAAGCAAUUCACCUCUAAUAAUUUCCAAAAUUUACUGGAUGACAGACACUGUCAUCUAUUUUCAAUUAUAUACAAAGUUAGUCUUUCAGCUGUGUGUUAAGAUUCAUGGCUAAAUCAAUAUUCUAUCCUUUUUAGCUGAUUGAAUUCUUUGUUAAGGCAACACUAAUGACCAUCAAAUAAAUUCCUUGCUCUUGGAUGUAAUUACAUCCUAGAUAAUUUAACUCUUCCUGGUUGUACACAUGACAAGUUAUUGAUAAUAUUAGUUAGUUAUAGGUGUUAUCCUACAAAAAUUGUGCCUGGGAUGAGUUAAAAUGGAGUCAGUGAGUAGACCAGGAGAGAAAGCAGAUGUUCUAAAUUUGUGGCUACACAAAUAGAUUGUUCCCCGAGUACAACAACCCUGUAUCCCACAAAAACAACAUUUUACAGGAGAAGGAAAAAACUUUGUCCUUUCAUCUAACAAAGUUGUUAUUUAUUAAAGCUUGAAUGUUGCAAUGGCGAUGUUAAUUGAGCUACAUGUCUCAAAAUUUGAUAGCAAAUUUGCAAUGUCACAUGCAGUUGAGAAAAGCAAAAAAAAAAAA